AUGGCGUCCACCACUAUAAAUGAUCUCCCUCAGGAGAUCGUCAACGCGAUCGUCAGCGAGAUCAUCGACGAGCACACUUACGGAUUAUCCGACAUCGAAGAUAUUUCCGGUAUUGUUCCCGUCUGCCACAAAUUCAUGAGCGCUGUGAAGGACAUCGCCAGACGCCAGCACCAAAAGCUGGAGAACAAGCUCGGCACCUAUCUCCUCAGCUCAAUCUACAACGACGCCCUCGCCGCCUUCUCGUUCCCUUCCUUCGCCAAGCUGAACUCUCUGGCCACUGACGAGGAGAAGAAAAGAUCGAUGAAGGAGCAUCUCACGAACUGGCAGAGUCUUGAGCUUUUCAUGACUUGCACCCGCAGUCCCACCCAGCAAUUGGGCGUCUGCCACUUCAUCGACAAGACCAUCAUUCCCUUUGCCGAAGACUUUGCCCUCAAAACUUCCGAUCUCGACGCCAAAGACUUCCAGAUGCGCCUCCCCGAGUGGGCCGAGUCGAGCCUCAAAGGAGCUUACCAGCCGCUGGUGCUGGAGGUACCCGCGAUUACCUCCUACCACCCCAACGAGAGCCGUCGAAUUCUCCGCGCGUUCUGCCGAUUCGAGCUCCUGUCCCAUGUCUUCAGAGCUAGGCCUGGUCUACAGCUCUGGGAUCUCAAGGCUCAGCACGAGCUGCUCGACGCCUACUUUGACCAGCAUGAGAUGGAAGAGGUACUUUGCGUCUCCCAAUACGUCAAUGACCUCCACGUCUACCUCUUCCGAGCGUUCAUGAGCGCCAAUGACGGCCGCGACGUUCAGGAGGAUUUCAGACAGGUCUGUCGCGCCUUUAAGCCCGUCAAUGGAGUCUGGAAGAUUCCCGACAGGUACAACAUAACGCGCUCAGAUUCUGGUGAACGCAUAUGGUAUGCCACACACGUCCACGACGAGACCGUCACCCGCAUCGACAAGAUCCAAUUCUUAGACACUAUGACGCAGUCCACAGUCAUCAAGCAGAUCUCCACCUUCGGCUUGGGCUUCUUGCGUUCGUUCCUCGCCUCGCCCAUCCAAGAGUAUAGACAGUGGAUGGUGAAGUACGCCGACAUGAUCCUCAAGGACAUCUGCACGGCUGAGGUCGAGCACGUCGGCGCUGAAUCCAACUGGACCUGGGCAAACCACUACGGAAAAGUCUGUCCCGAGGACCCAGUCAUCACCGUCCCCGGCCGCGUUAGCUGCGAAUGCGAGAGAGACUCCCCCAACACCGCCUGGAAGGUCCUUGGUCAUGGCGGUUCUGUCAAAACCCUUCUUGGCUUUCGCCGCUGCGGAUGGGUGUUCUGGUCCGACGAGCGUCUCCGCGCGCGCCGCUUCUGGGCCAUUCGCGACAUCAAUCCUUACCAGCGCGACAUCGACCUGGACGCUGCUGAGAACCAAUGGAUCAAUGCUCCGCUCCCAGACGUACUGCUCGAAGAUCUAAGCUUUUCGGAUGCUUUCAGGUUCGCUGUUCGCGAGCUAAGCAGCCUCGCGGACUGGAAGCUGCACAAAUUCUGCAAGGACUCUGAGACCAUGCUCAACCGUUGGCGCUGCGAUUUCGUGAGCGACCUUCGGGCACGCUGCGUGGCCGUGGUCACCUUCGACGAGCUAUUCGGACCGCUUGUACCGCCUGACUUACCGUUGCCCGUGGAGGUUGCUCCUGGUAUCUUUUGGGGCUAG